UGAGACGUGUGCGUGUUUAGGGGGAGUAUCCUCAACUCCAAGCGCUGAGCAAUUCAUUCACCCUCGCACACACACUGAUGAAUCACUGAACCUCACACACAUGCUGAAGCCGAGAGCGAAUGAAAGAGAAGUGAACCCAGCCAAGCUUGAAGAUGACCAUUGGCAAGAACUCCAGGAAAGGUUCACUGCGAGGCUCCAUCCGGGCCCCGAAGUUCCUGGACAAAUCCAGUGGCUUCUACGGCCGCCUGGAAGAGCCAGUAAGGGCUCCCCUGGAGGCGGCGUUUAUGGGGGAGGAUGUGAUGGAGGAAGUGGAUGUUGUGCGUGUAAGCGAGACAGAUGAGGUGGAAGACAUGCAAGUUUUCGUCCCAAUGGAGGACGAUGGCCAAAUGCUCCUGCGUGCUACGCCCAGCCGGUGGAGCAGUGGCAGAUGGCGGAGGAGUUCCAGGAGGCGGCAUAAGCAGAGGAGCUCUCAGGAGGAGUCACCCAGAGACGAGAUGCCCGAUCUGGGCACUGCCAGCCAGGUAGAACCACACAUCAUGAAGGUGGCCGUAAAAGAGGAGAACCUGCCUGUGCACCUCAUGUGCCGAGAGGAUGCUGACGACCAGGUGUUGAUCCGAGACAAGACGAGGAUGAAAAGGGAGAAAGAGGAAGGGAUGAAGGUGGUGAAGAGGAACACGAUGAAAAUGUAUAGCAAGGCUCUGGACGGAGCUUUUCGCCGAGGCUGGGAGGCGUUCGUGGCCAACAUCUACAGCAUCACCCUCACACCUGUCAACUUGUCUUCAUCGCCAUCAUCCAAAAAGAAACAUCAGCACAAUUUGGUGUUGGCUGAGUUUCAGUAGAAGCUCAGACAGUUUGGACUGAAUAAUUGGGAUGCAGUAUUCCCUCUGGAAUGAUGUUUACUUCCCUGUCACAGUUGUUUUGGAAGUGUGAGGCUUCUGAAAUGCUUAUUAUUUACUCUGUGUAAUAUCUCCAUUCAUUUUCCUGCUUCAUCUUCCUACAUUAGGUCCACUAUUUAGAGCUUUCUUGGGUUUAACGCUAUGAAAACACUAAAAAUUGUUGACGUGUUACCAUUAAAAAGCAAUGACUGAUGGGUGGACUAGUUGUUUUGACAUGACUUUGAGUAACAAUUAUUGCUAAUGCUAGAUAAAGCUAAUCGCUAAUUGGCUGAGUGCAGGGGAGGCACACAAACACAUCCAAAGUAUGUAUUUGUAUAUAAAACCACAGCAACUGUAUUGUAAAACACGCUUCUCUUGAUGUUCUGCUGAAUGUUCAAACAU